AUGCCUGACGAAGCAGAUAAGGGACCUAAUAAGACACCAAAGGACCCAUCUACCAAAUCUGAGGAUGAGGCAACCGAGGAGGACGAGAAAGGGGAUGACAACCUAGGGUUGGACAAGAGCGAUUCCGAAGACCGCGAGCUUCGAGAGGGCCUGAAAACAGCCCGAUGGGAGACACGGGCCAUCUGCAGAGAGCUGGACGAACUCAAAGGCGGCUUGUUGCAAGUGAUGGGUGGAUUACAGGAGCAGAGCGGGCUACCGGAGACAGAGCGGGCUAUCCGCUUAAAGAAGGGUGUAUGCCUACAGUUUCUCUGUCUUUCUGUAGGAGGUGACUGGGAGUCAGCAAAGAAAACAAAAGAACCUGCAAUAACCGAAAAAGAAGAUACCGAUCUGCCACGGAAAGAGAACACUGAAUAUCAUAAUGCACCAAGGAAGGAAGAGGGAAAAUACCCACCAAGGAAUAGUUUCAGUCUUUUAAAAGGUGGUAUUUCUCAUGAAGUUCCAGUACUUCAACAAAUAUUCAAAGGAGGCAAGUGGACUGAGAGCACUGCAAAUGAUGAAAAUUUUCCUAAAAAAAGAAUUCACACAAGGGAGAAGCGAUAUGAAUGCUUGGAGUGUGGGAAAAGCUUCACUCGGAGUGCAAACCUAAAUUCCCAUCAAAGAAUUCACACAGGGGAGAAACCUUAUAAAUGCCUGGAAUGUGGAAAGAGCUUCAGGGACAGUGGAUACUUGGGUGUUCAUCAAAGAAUUCACACAGGGAAAAAACCUUCUAAAUGUCUGGAAUGUGGAAAGAGCUUCAGAGACAGUGGAUGUCUUGCUGUUCAUCAAAGAAGUCACACAGGGGAGAAACCAUACAAAUGCCUGGAGUGUGGAAAAAGCUUCAGUCGGAAGGGAAGCCUAACUCUCCAUCAAAUAAGUCACACAGGAGAGAAACCAUACAAAUGCCCUGAGUGUGGGAAAAGCUUCAGUCGGAGCGCAAUCCUUAAUUGCCAUCAAAGAACUCACACAGGGGAGAACCCUUAUAAAUGCCAGGAGUGUGGAAAGAGCUUCAGUGACCCCGGAUGCCUUGCUGUUCAUCAAAGAAUUCACACAGGGGAGAAACCAUAUAAGUGCCUGGAGUGUGGGAAAAGCUUCCGUCAGAAUGCAAACCUUAAUUCCCAUAAAAGAAUUCACACAGGGGAGAAACCUUAUAAAUGCCUGGAAUGUGGAAAGAGCUUCAAGGUCAGUGGAUCCCUUGCUGUUCACCAAAGGAUUCACACAGGAGAGAAACCAUACAAAUGCCAGGCAUGUGGGAAAAGAUUCAGUAACAGUACACAACUCAGUAUCCAUGAAAGAAUUCACACAGGGGUGAAACCAUAUAAAUGUAUGGAGUGUGGGAAAAGCUUCAAUCAGAGUGGAAAUCUUAAUUCCCAUCAAAGAAUUCACACAGGAGAGCAUCCUUAUAAAUGCCUGGAAUGUGGAAAGAGCUUCAAGGUCACUGGAUACCUUGCAAUUCAUGAAAGAAUUCACACAGGGGAGAAACCAUACAAAUGCCUGAAGUGUGGGAAAAGCUUUGGUCAGAGACAAAGCCUUUCUUACCAUCAAAGAAGUCACAGAGGGGAGAAACCAUAUAAAUGCCAGGAGUGUGGAAAAAGCUUCACUGGGAGUGGGUCCCUUACUAUUCAUGAAAGAAUUCACUCAGGGGAGAAACCAUACAAAUGCCAGGAGUGUGGAAAAGGCUUCACUGGGAGUGGGUCCCUUACUAUUCAUGAAAGAAUUCACACAGGAGAGAAACCAUACAAAUGCCUGGAAUGUGGGAAAAGCUUCAGUCAGGGUACACACCUUAAUUCCCAUCAAAGAAUUCACUCAGGGGAGAAACCAUAUAAAUGCCUGGAGUGUGGGAAAAGCUUCAGUCAGAGUGGAUACCUUAAUUCCCAUCAAAGCAUCCAUCAUACCAUAUAAAUGUCUAGAAU